AUGAUUGCUAUCCAGCAAAAAGCUUUACACUUGAUCAAGUGCUUCAGAAGACAAUGGCAUUUAUUUUCAAACUCUGAAAGGACUACAGUGUGUGGAGCUGACUGCAUGCUGAUGGUGUUACAGCUGUCAAUGGCUGAAGUCAAUAAACAGCACCAUGGAGAUUUCACAGUGUCACUUAGCGAUGUGUUAGAAACUUGGAAAUACUUGGUACAUGACAAACUGGGAUUAUCAUAUGAAAACAUGAAAGAACCUGACAAUUAUGCUGACCUAAAAAAAGCCUAUCAUGCCUUUUUAGCAAGAAGUAAUAUGCUAGAUCUAAUAGACGUAUGUCAGAAGUGCUACGGUCUUGGACUUGUAUCUGAGGAUGAAAGCAUAACUCCUGUUCAGCUGAUGGAGUUUAUUUCUGGCAUAAUGAAUGUACAAGAAAACAAUGGUUCUGUUCUUUCUACUCCUUCAACACCAGUCAGACAGGGCCAGGAGAAUGUGAAGGUGGCAGUCCUGGCAAAGAAAUGUGUGUGUUCAUAUUUAAGUCUGUUGGUGAAUUCUAAGGAUGAUCUGGCAUUGGCUCAUAUUCUAAAUGUUCCUGACAGAGGAUUUGAUAGAGAAGCCUUCACCAACCUAAAACAUGCCUCACAGGAAAGAAAAAUGUCCAUUUUCCUGAUGGCAACAUCAUUUAUCAGAACUGUAGAACUUGGAGGACGAGGCUGUGCAUCUUCAUUAUUUGAUCCUUUAAAAGUCCAUGUUAAAGGGCUUUCAAACCUUGUUAAUUUUAUUGACAAGCUGCAAGAAGUUGUUGGUGAAAUCUUAAAUCCAAGAAUUGCAGGGGGGCGAAUUCUGUCAACAGUGAGGAUGCAUUUGAUAAAAGGCCGAAGCAAUGGGGAUCCUUUCUGUCAGGCAGUAGAGGAAGUUGUACAAGACUUGGAUUUGAAGAUUAAAAAUAUUAUCGAUUCACAACAUGAAGUCUUGACUUCCAGCACUACUGGAGUCAGUCCAGCACGGCCAAAGUUGCAUUCCAUAAAUCAUGGCACUGCGUAUUGUGGCAGAGAUACUGUAAAGGUCUUACUAGUUCUUCUGGAUGAAGAAGCUAUCAGUCCUCCUACCCAGAACAAAGCAGAACUGUUAUAUAAUGAUGAAAGCUUAAAUUUGUUUGGAGUCACCUCUAUUUUGACACUCUUCAGAUCUCCAUCACAAUCCAAUGGAACUUCUCCAAAACCUCUUAGAAAACGCAUUCAGAACUCUAUGGAUGAGAAAAAAUAUAAGGUGAAGCAACCUUCAAUGAAAUCUCAGUUUGCAUGUACAUAUAAAAAUGAGUUGAGUAACAGCAGUAACAAAAUUCCAACCAGCGUAGAUUCUGCAUCGAAGCAGCAUUUAAAAGCUGGAUGUCUCACAGAAGGUAUGAAUUCAUGUCUUGAUGUACCAGUGCUUGGAACUAUUUCUGAAAAUGUUCACCAGACUAGAAGUUAUACAGAAACGGGAAAGCUGAGUUGUCAGCCAAGAAAGAAGAACUCUGAGAAUGAACAGAUGGAUUUGAAUAAUGACAAAGUAAUCUGUGAUAAGGAAAGUGAACCAUCUUUGCAAAAACAUUCUAAGAGACCUAAGACUUCAAACAACCCUCAGAAGGAACUGGACAGCAAAAUUGGUGGAAAAAGAACACACAGCAAAACUGCAAGCAAGAAUAAGUUGAUUGCUGGUCAGGCAAAACUAACUCAAUUUUUUCGACUUUAA